GCGGGUCGGGAUGAGAAUGACAAGGCUCAUUUGACAGAUGACUGGAAGGUUUUUGGGGCGUGUCAGUUUGUAAACAACAAAGCUGAUGCUUCAAAAAGAGAUCUUCCUGUGACCAAAAGACUCCUGAACACUGAGGACUAUCAGAAAAGUCUCUGUCAACACAAUGGCAUCACCAACCCCUCUGUCCAAGGCCAACACCACCUUCUCUCUGGCUUUGCUCAAAAAGCUGAGAGAUGGCGACAGCACUGCAAAUGUCUUCUACUCCCCUUUCAGCAUCUCCUCAGCCCUCGCUAUGGUGAUGCUGGGGGCCGGCGGCAACACACACACACAGAUGUCAGAGUGCCUGAAAACCAAGGACUGCCAGGAUGAAGUCCAUGUCAGCUUUGCCCAGCUGCUGAAGGAGCUCAACAAGGCUGACGCUCCGUAUGCCCUCAAUGUGGCCAACAGGCUGUACGGGGAGCAGUCCUACCAGUUUGUUGAGGAUUUCUUAGGGGAAACCAGGAAGCACUACAAUGCAGAGCUGGAGUCUGUGGACUUCAUAAGCAAGUUCGAGGCAGCCAGGGUCAACAUCAACAACUGGGUGGAAGAAAAGACACAAGGUAAAAUUAAGGACGUGCUGGCCAAGGGUGUGGUGGACAGCUCGACCAUGCUGGUGCUGGUCAACGCCAUCUACUUCAAAGGCCACUGGAACAAGCAGUUUAAGGAGAGUGCCACACAUGAUGAACUAUUUAAAGUCAACAAGAAUGUCACCAAGCCUGUGAAAAUGAUGUACCAGAUGACCAAGUUCCCUCUUGGGUACAUCCGUAAACCCUGCUGCUGCCAGAUCCUUGAGAUGCCUUACAAAGGAAAGGAGCUCAGCAUGCUCAUCUUUUUACCAGAUGAGCGGGCAGAAGACAAAGCAGAUCUGGAGAAGCUGGAGAAGGAGCUGUCCUACGAGAACUUUGUAGAGUGGACUCGUCCUGACAUGAUGGAUGAUAUUGAGGUCCAGGUGGGGCUACCUCGGUUCAAGAUGGAGGAGAGUUAUGAUUUGAAGAAUGUCCUGAUGAGCAUGGGCAUGGUGGACGCCUUCGACAUGGGAUCAUGUAACUUCUCUGGCAUGUCCCCUGCCAACGACCUGGUGCUGUCCAAAGUCGUCCACAAGGCUUUCGUGGAGGUCAACGAGGAGGGAACUGAGGCUGCUGCUGCCACUGCGAUAGUUAUUAAAAGGUGCUCGAAUUGGUGUACCGAAUUCAGGGCAGACCACCCCUUCCUCUUCUUCAUCCGACACAACCCCUCCAUGAGCAUUCUCUUUGCUGGCCGAUACUGCUCCCCCGAGUGAGCGCUGCAUCGUUUAAAGCAGCUAUUCUGAACCUUGGGGUCGGGACCCCAAUUGGGGUCGCGAGAUGAUUUCUGGGGGUCGCCAAAUCAUUUUGGAAGUCAGCUCUGUCUCCACUGUGUUAAAGUGUUCAUGUGUUAAUGUGUUUUAGUCUUUUUGGUCACUUAAUGUCUUUUGUUUUGGGUCAUUUUGUGUCAUUUUUGCUCAUUUUGUGUCUUUUUUGGUCAUUUUGUGUCUUUUUUGGGUGAUCUGAACUGUGCAUGUGAGACUCUGUUCAGUGAGCGGGGGUCACGGACAACAUGCAUGUUAAAUUGGGGGUCGCGACUCAAUAAGGUUGAGAACCUCUGGUUUAAAGCACUGUUUCUGGAGGGGGGUUACAAUACAGCUUCUUUUGCAACAGUUCACUAUUUCAUUUUAAUUGUACUGGAAGAAUGUUGAGAUGAGUAUGAAAUAAUUUUUCCCUCUUAAAACAGCUUUCCGUGUUUGCCAGAGUAGAGUUGGUGAGGUAUUCGGAGAGUCAUUCAUUUCCAUAAAGGAUCUCCACUCUCUCUUAAAAUAACUGUCAAAUGCACAUAACCCACUGGCUCUUAAUAUCCCUGCUGUUAAAAGAGAGGUUGGGAAAUUCGCUUUUGUUUAUUUUUCUCCUUUUAAAUGGAAUAAUCUACUGUCUCAGCUUCAGUUGGAUACACUGAAUCCUUUUAAUCAUUUUAAAGACAUUCUUUGUUGAUCCUAUGAUUUCUUAAUGUACAUGUGCUUGUUGAAUUCAUUAUGUACUUCUGUUGAGUGUAUAUUAUUAUGGAUAUGUAUUGUGAUGUGUUGAAUUGUAUUUGUGCUGUAAUUAGGGCGCCAUUGGAAAUGAGAGCUUGCUCUCAAUUGGCCCUCCCUGAAUAAAUAAAGGUGAAAUGAAAUGAAA